CGUGAUUUACGCACUCCAACACACGUCUUUUUACGCCUGUGAAAGCCGGAAGUCGCUACUUGCACGCAAACCGUGCCACUCCAGACACAACUUCCAACACUUUGCGUCUUCAGCACAACACAUCGUGCAUCCUACUCCUUGACUCUUCCCCGAAAAUCAAACCUUCACAACAUGACGGCUCACACUGAGCCCCUCGUUCAUCACGAGGAAGGUGAUGAUUACUUGGAUGACUGCGUCUCGACAGACGGCUUCACCCCUUCGUUGCCUUCACUCACCAACCGUGCACCUGACACCGAUGCUCAGAGCGUCAGCGAUGUCGACUCCAUCUCGAACGGUGACACCAUCAGUGACGCCGCCAGUGAUGCCGACUACGAUGAGAUCGGCUACGACGAAAUCCCUGCCCUCGCUGCCCGUGCUCGCUAUCAGGAGAUGGAUCCGUCCGAGGAAGACAUGGAGCGUGUCAUGAUGAGUGACAGAACCAUCAUCCCCGACACACCCACAAUGGCUCAGCGUAUGCCUGUCAUCUCCUCGGAGCCUGUCGUCAAGCCCUUCCGUACCGCUGACUACACCCGUGUCAUCGGUCUGUCACUGGCCGACAAGCCUUACCAGAUGCCCAACCGCCCUUUCCGUUUGGUCUACUUGGCCGAUGCCAACAAGAGCAACAUGGACGUUGCCAUUAUCGUGGCCAAGGUUGUUGGUGCUGUCACAGGCAAUUCCGAGGCCAGAGACUCCGUCUUGACCGCAGCAUCUUGUGCUCAAUCCGAGGAUGCUAUCCUGAGCUCUUUGUAUGAGCUACCCAUGCCCAUCGAGGUACUUCGUGCUGUCACCUUCGACACCGCUCCUGACGUUUGUCCAUCGAUCAGAACUUCUGACGGAAAGACACAUGCUCUGGGAGAAACCAAACCCGAUUUGGUCAUUUUUCAUCGUGUCAGCUUCCACAAGGCCCUCGUCUCGCUUGCCCAAAGUAUCGCCCUCCACGGAAUUUCCAUGAUGGAGAUUGAAGACGACUCCUUCGGCCUGACUGAUAGCGGCAUGGACUCGUCAUGUAUCAUCCCACACACUGCCCAGGGUGGCCACUGCAUACGUAUGUAUGUUGUCUCGAGCUCUGAUGGCGAGGGCGAGAACAACUUCCACAGUCAAGUACCGCUCUCCUCAAGCGCUUUCCAUGCUUUGGAAGACGAUGUCUUGAGCCGUCACUUGGCCUACCUCGCCAACAGAACUGAAGAAGUGUCCGAGAAAAAGAAGGACAAGAUGUUCGUUCAGACAGCUAAGCGUAUGGAGACAAGCAAGCUCAUGUCGAUGUUCGACUCCUCGAUCCUCAAGACCAUUGCACAGAGCAUCUUCGGGUUGUUCAUCGUCUUGUUUGCAGCCAGCCUGCCGGCGUACUUCCUUUAUCAAGAGAGCCCCGCCUCCGAGUUGACUCUCCGUACACCUCUACUCCAAGUCGCUCUGAACAGUUCUGGACUGUCCAGCAUCAACGCAAGCGAAAUCCUUCGCUACCCCACUACCACCAGCGUCACCGGAAACUCUACUACGACUGCUGUCGCUUUCCCUACAGCUGUCCAUGUCUAUGUCGCCAAGUCGGAUCAACUUCUUGUGUCCCUUCCCAAGGCCUACUGGAAGUCUGCACAGAUUGGUGUCUUCAAGAAUGGCAAGGCUUUGAGUCACGUCAACAACAGUCGUAUCAUUGAUGGAGUCCUUUCGAUUUCAUUGCCUUCCACCGACGCUCACGGCCAGAUUCAGGUCAGUGUGCUCUCUACUAACACCCCUUUGCGCAAUGAGACAGUCAAGGUCGAUCUUGGCAACCGUCUCCUUCAGCGUGUCACCUACGAGAACGCCGCGAAGGGUGUUCAACAGGAUGUUACCGAAGUCCAUCAUGCGGCCAGGCUCGCCCAGGCCAAGGUUAUCUCUGAUGUUCGAUCCGUCUUCAACACGUCGGUCUACCGCGUCAGAUCUCUUGGCAGCAACAUGCUCGAAGGUAUGAAGUCUACUGGAAACGCCAUUGGCUCGGCAUCGAACCGCACGUCUCAUGGAUUGUCGUACGUGGGUGGUCUCACGUACAACAAGACCUCCAGUCUUGGUUCUUUUGUCAAGAGUACCAUCCCUCAGAGACGUCACUUUGUCAGAGCUCGCACCAACGCCCUCAAGAUCAGAACAAGACUCUUCCCUUUGACAUCGAUGAAGGCACGACUUGCAGAGCUCCAGAACAAGCUCUCUUCCGGCGUUGAUGCUCUUAAGAAAUCAUCACCUCUUAAGCAGCGCUGCAAGGCAUCUUCCACAGCCAGCAAGGGCGCCAAGAUUCGCAAGCAGGACAAGGGUCCUGACAAGAAGCUCAAGUGAUUGCAACGACAGCAUGCUUAGAUGUUGAAUGGGGCGACGAGGUUACGAUUGGCGCUUGACAAAGGGGUUCGUUCACUCAUUGUAGUGAUUCGGUCAUCACAUUUCGCUCGGGUUCUGGAUUGGCGUUUUUGCUUCGGAGGCGUGCUUUUACAAGGAGAGAGAGACACAGGAACGGAGUUUAUUCGGAAGGAUUUUUCCAGGUAGCACGCCUCUCAACAAGCAAGCGAAUGGAAAUGAACAUGCUUUUUGACUGUAAACACAAGCACAAGCUCAGGUCGAUCGUGGUUCAUGCAAAACAACAUCA